AUGGAUGGCGGAUCAUUCACACUCGAACAUCGACCUGUCAUGGUUGACUGCUACUGGGAGGGCCAUAAGGUGCAGACGCCCUAUCUCAUAUGGUUAGCAUUAACGAUUGUUUCAUCAACAGUACUCGCUUCGUUCCUUUGUGACUCGAAAAACGUUCGGCGAUUUGAGGAUGAUGAUCCGGACUCAGCAGCAAUGAAGGCAAAAAGGGCUGCUCGUGAGAAAAAGCGAAAGGAGCUACAGGAAGAACAAAGGCGCAUGCAAGAAGGUCUCCAGCGUGGUGAAUUUCGACCCAGCGAUCCCAACGAAACUGUUAAUGAAGUGGCAAGUAAUUGGGGUGCUGCACAAGCAAUGGCACAAGCUCGUGGUGAAGAUGUGAAGUAUUUCGCUACACCGGGACAAAAUGCUGGUUCACCACAAGAUGAAUCCAAGGAACCCAAGGAAUCUAAGGAGUCCAAAGAAUCUAAAGAAUCACGUGAUAAGAAACAAACAGCGGAACCCGUUCCACAGAAAUUCCGACCAAGAGAUGAUAAUGAAACAGUGAACGAAGUGGUCAGCAAUUGGGGUGCUGCUCAAGCUAUGAUGCAGAAAAGAGAAGGAGCAGCAGCACAAGCGAAGGAACCCGCUGGAAGCUCAAAAGACAAGAAUGCACCACCAAAACCACCAGUCAGACCAGCAGUACAACAGAAAUUCCGACCGAGAGACGAUAAUGAAACUGUUAAUGAAGUUGUCAGCAACUGGGGUGCUGCUCAAGCAAUGAUGCAAAAAAGAGAGGGAGGUGCUGCUCCAGCAGAAAGUGCGAAAGACAAGAAAGGAUUUCAGGCUCCAGCGCAGCCAGCUAAACCAGCAGCACCUCAGAAAUUCCGACCGAGAGACGAUAAUGAAACUGUUAAUGAAGUUGUCAGCAACUGGGGUGCUGCUCAAGCAAUGAUGCAAAAAAGAGAGGGAGGUGCUGCUCCAGCAGAAAGUGCGAAAGACAAGAAAGGAUUUCAGGCUCCAGCGCAGCCAGCUAAACCAGCAGCACCUCAGAAAUUCCGACCGAGAGACGAUAAUGAAACUGUUAAUGAAGUUGUCAGCAACUGGGGUGCUGCUCAAGCAAUGAUGCAAAAAAGAGAAGGAGGAGCGGCUCAAGCUGCCGCGGAAAGCUCGAAGGAUAAAAAAGGAUUUUUAACUCCGAGACAGGCAGCGAAACCAGCAGCACAACAGAAAUUUCGACCGAGAGACGAUAACGAAACCGUUAACGAGGUGGUUAGUAACUGGGGUGCUGCACAAGAAAUGUUACAAAAAAGAAACGUUCCGCCUCCUCCUCCACCAAAACCGAAACCUGUACUCGUACCUGUACCAGCAAAAGAAAAAAUGCGUAAAGCUAAUGAUUUUGAAACUAUUGACGAAUGUGUUAGUAAUUGGGGAGCUGUUCAAGCACUGGCUAAGAAAAAAGGUGUAUGA